AUGUCUCUGAUCCAUCCACUGCCGCUCGCACCCGUCGCUGCUGGUGCCCAUUCGGCAGCCAUCCUGUCGAUCCGGGCCACCGCCGCUCUCUCGUGUGCGGCUCUCCAUACCGCCCGAUCCAUUCAAACCCGCUCUCUCGUCAGCGCCUAUCCCGGUGCCAUCGCCCGACUUCCAUCCACGGCUCCUAUCAGCCAGCCAUACUCAACACCGUCAAUGCUGCACCUAUCCGGGCCCCGCCUUGGACCGCUGCUGAAGCCAGCUGCGCUGGGUUUGGCAGCUUUCCACUCUUCCCUCUCCACCGCCGAGUGCCACCGCGACCACCAUGCCCGCCCUGUUCCGCCCUUCGAUCCAUCCAAAAUCGACUAUCAGAAUGUCGAGGGAUACGUGCAUUCGACCGAGAGCCUCGGCACCCUGGAGGGGCCCGGAAACCGAUUCUUGAUCUUUGUCACAGGAUGUCCGGCCCGGUGUCUGUAUUGCGAAAACCCAGACACCUGGGAGAUCAAGAAGGCAGCCACAGUCCAGAAAGUUCAUGACCUCGUCGAGCGGGCUCGCAAACUGCAGCCGUUUUACAAGCAUUCUGUCGGCCACGGCGGCGUCACCAUCUCGGGCGGCGAUCCGCUCGACCUCGGCCUCCAUACUUGCAUCGAAACCACGGGCCAGGGUUCCCAUCAUGCCUGGGACACUGUGCUCCCACACACCGAUCUCGUCCUGCUCUGCGUCAAGCAUACCGAGCCCGAGCAAUACCACAAGAUCACACAGCUGGUCCGUCUCGAGCGCAUGUUGCAGUUCAUCAAGGAACUCGAGCGGCUGAACAAGCCGUGGUGGUGUCGCUAUGUGCUGGUGCCUGGCUACACCGACAAGGACAAGGAUAUCGAGGGCCUCAUAGCGCUCUGCAAGUCCUCCACAACCCUGGAGCGCAUCGAGAUUUUGCCGUAUCAUACUCUUGGAGAAUAUAAGUGGAAGGCGUCCGGUAUGGAGUACCCCAUGAAAGGUGUCCCUCAUCCAACCAAAGCGUCGCUCCAGGCCAUCGUCUCCCGAAUCACAUCGGAACUGGGUCGGCCCGAGAUUCCUGUUGUCACAAGUGCCUAG